AUGGCUUCCUCUUAAUUUCUUCUUCUGGGUAUUCAAUUUUCAGUCUUCAAGUAUGGGUUUGGCUCGAACUCUACUAGGUGAAGCAGCUUCGAUUUCAGUUUUCGACUCAAUUUCGGAAACUUCAAGCUUGGUGGUGUGGUUGAAGGUUGAAUUAUGCAAGCUGCUGGUGGAUAAAAGAUCUGCUGAACUCAAGCCAAAUGACUUCCAUGAUAUUCCCAAAUACUUUCUUGAGGCAAUUCCACAUGUUGUAGCUAUGGUUAGAGCUGCUGACAAGAAAAGCCCAAGAGAGGCUGUUGAGUUUGUCCUACAACUGUUGAAGGUAAUUACGUUUUGGGUAGUUAUCAUACCUGCAUGA